AACAAGUUACACAAACGGGUGUCGACGCCUUUCUCGGGUCAACAUGGCGUCAUAACUUCGUGUCUGAGGACAGGAUAAACUACAGGUAUAAACCAGACAGUUCAGACAAGCAUAUGAAGAUGAAGUCGGAAUAUGAAAUAUACAGAUCACAGACGGAUCCUUUCUGGUCAGACAUUCCUCACGAAAAAUCAACGAUGGCGUCCAAGAAAAGGAAAGCAAAACGAAAUGCCUUGUAUUUGAUGAAAGCCAGACCAUCAUUAAGAGAUGUGAACAUUUCACCCCCGGCACGCAAAAAGAGGAUGAAAACAUUCAUCAGGCAUAAGAAGUGCCUUUCAAAAGAAGACUUCCGAGUUGUUCUACCUUUCGGCCAUGUUGAGGAUGAAAUAUCUGCGACAACUAGUCAUGAAAGAAUUUCCCUUUUUGUGAAAUCAAGAACUACAUAUAGAAUAUUCCUGCAUGGGAAACUGAAUAUGAUUCAGUUGAAGGAGGCGAUUGAGUACAAAGACAAUAUUCCUGCUCACCUUCAGAUGCUGACUCAUCAUGGCAAACUGAUACGGCCAUCUACACUGAAAAACUUACAGCCUGAUGACACCAUCCAUGUCAUUGUACGAAGUAAGGGGGGCAUGAAAGGUGCUGCAACAAAACUCUCUGUUGUCAAGAAAGGGGCCGGUUUGCCAAAUUCUGCGACUGAAGAUGAAGUUCAGGAGUGGCUCCUAAGCGUCAUCAAAGUACCCAGGCUUCUGAUUAAAGAUGAAGUUAAAUUAGUAGAUGGGGAAAUGCUGAAUGAGUACAUGAAAGCGAGUGACAUAAAUGAAGAGCUUGGACUCCCCAUGGGUUUUUGUCGGAAAAUUCUAUAUCUAAAUGAGAACCAUACAGGGGAUAGGAUAUCUGGUAUGAGUAAAGAAUCACUUGAAUCAUUUACACCUGAUCAUAUAUGUGGCGUUGCAAAAGAAACUUUUAAGGACGAUAAACACCUUGAUCAGAUUCUGCAGGCUAUCAGAAAUGAACACAUUGAUGGUUUUGUGGCAAUGCUGUACGAGAAUCCUGAAACACUUGCUACUGACUUGAACAUCAAAAAGGUGUUAGGUAGGAAGUUGUUAAUAUGUAUAAAGAGGGCGUUGAAAGAGUUUACCAAAGAUACAAUAGGAACAAAGAAUGUCAAGGGAAGAACUGACAUAGAGACAGAGAUUAAAACUGCUCCAGAACACGACAUAUCAACUGAACCUACAGCCCAGUUAGUGUCUAAAACAACCAGUGAACAUACAUCAGAAUUAUCGCCUGGCGCACCAAAGAAGCCAGCUGAUGCAUCACAACACCUAGAAAGUCCAUCUAUCGCCUUUCUACGAAAACAUUUGGGAUUAGAUAUUGAGCAAACCAAUGAUGUCAGACAAAAAUCAGAUCAUCAACUUAUCGCAAUUCACAGUUCUUGGGAACCAAGUCACCAACUCGCUCGGAUGUUUUUGUUUUGGGUAUUAUGCAAAGGAGAUCAGUUUGAUAAAUCUUGCGACAGAAAAGAGCUGUGGAAGGUGAUUGUUCAAAGCACAUCAACCUGGUUACAGACAUUACCCGAGGUACUGCAAUCUGAUUUUGUAGAAGGGAAAGGAGAAAAUCAAUUUCAGUUCAAAGGACAAAAAUCAGUUCGACUUUGUCCAGUUGGAGAAAAGGUUAUCAAAUAUGAACACUUAACUCCAAAACAGAGGGACCAAUACAAAUAUCAUAUUCUUAUUUUACACGAAGAUAUUAUUGACACCAAAGACCAGGUUUAUAAGAUCUUUGAUGGAAGAUGUUGUUUGACUGCUUCCGUAAAGGAAGUCACAAACAAAAUGUAUUGCAUUGACAAAACAAUCACAAAUGUGACAACCUUGACAUUGAAUACACCAACUAAAAGCCUUUCUCAUACACAGAAAUCAAGAGAAGCAUUCUCUGAAGGAGGUGAAAAAGAUAAUGAAUUUGACCUGACCUAUCAUGGUGAAAUGAAGGAAAGAUAUGGAAAGACACAUACCUUUUCUCAAAAACCUACCAUAAAUGAUUUAAAGACUGCCAUUCAAUUCCAGAGACCAAGGCCAUUUAAACAAGACUGCCUCUCAACGGUAUAUUUUCAAAGACUAUGUAAUAGAUAUUCCUGA